AUGACCGACACCUUCGUAGCAAACUCCCACAUCCUCCACCGCACAUUCCACACCAGACCCGCCAAAGUAACCAAAGGCCACGGCAUAACCUUCACACUAGAAGACGGCCGACAAAUAAUCGACGCCAGCUGCGGCCCAUCAGUCUCCUGCCUGGGCCACAGACAGCCAGAAAUCACGCGCGCAAUAGCCGCACAUCUGGAACAGGACAUCGCCUACGUCUAUUCCGGCAGCCCAUACACCAACCAAGCCACCGAAGACCUAGCAACGCUCCUGCUAGCCUCCAAGCCGGGCGGUCUAUCCAAAGCAAUCUUCGUCAACUCCGGCAGCGAAGCAACAGACGCCGCGCUGAAACUGGCGGUGCAGUACUGGCACGAGAAGGGCCAGCCGCAGCGGACGCAUUUCAUUGCGAGGAAGCAGAGCUACCAUGGCAAUACGAUUGGCGCGCUGUGCGUUUCGGGACAUGAGUCGAGACGGGAGUUCUAUCGCGAUUUCAUGUCUCCGAAUGUGUCGUUUGUGGAUCCUUGUUAUGCCUAUCGGAUGAAGGGGGAGGGGGAGAGUGAUGAUGGGUUUGUGAAGAGGUUGGCGGGGCAGUUGGAGGAGGAGAUUCUGAGGGUUGGAGCUGAGCAGGUGGCCGGGUUUGUGGCGGAGACGGUUUCGGGGACGACGUUGGGUUGUGUGCCUGCUGUCCCUGGGUACUGGAAGGCUAUUCGGGAGAUCUGUGACCGGCAUGGGGUUUUGUUGAUCUUGGAUGAGAUCAUUUGUGGCAUGGGAAAGACGGGAACUAUGCACGCCUGGGAGCAAGAGGGUAUUCGGGGUCCUGAUAUUCAGACUAUUGGCAAGGCCCUCGGUGCAGGGUUUGUGCCUCUGUCUGGCGUCUUGCUCCACGAGAAGAUAUUCCAGGCUCUCGCGGCUGGUUCGGGGGGAUUAGCUCACGGUCAUACGUUCCAGGCCCAUCCUCUCGCCUGUGCCGCGGCAAUUGCAACGCAAAAGAUUCUCCACCGAGACAAUCUCCUCCAGCAAGUUGUCACUCUGGGAAAGAGACUGGAAGGUUUGCUUCAACGCGAGAUCGGCCCGCUUCCUCUCGUGGGAGAUAUCCGCGGCCGCGGUCUCUUCUGGGCAGUCGAGUUUGUGCUCGACAAGAAGGCCAAGACCGCAUUUCCUCUCGAGGCCAAUUUCUCCAACAAGAUUGUUGCCAAUGCUCUCAAGCGUGGGGUGAAUAUCCUGGGGAAUCUCGGGCAUACUGGUACUUACCAGGUUGAUCAUAUUCUCGUUUGCCCGCCGUACAUCACGACCGAGGAGGAGCUCGAGCAGAUUGUGAGACUUGUAAAGGAUGCUAUUGUUGAAACGAGCCUGGAAUUUAUCUAG